AUGGAGUUACUAGCCAAGACUAGAACGCCCGAUGGUAUCAAGCGCAUCACUCACCUCUACCGCAACCGACUGCUACUGACUCCGCAUCUCACCUGGGACGGGACUUCUCAAAAGUUUUCCACUUUCCUCACUGAAUACAACCCCUCUGCCUACGAGGACUCCAUGAAGGAUAUUAUCACUAAUGCCCAGGAGACGAAACGAUUGAUUGCAGCGCGCGACCCAUACGAGUCUGAUCUGAGGAAAGCUGUAGACGCCGACGAUAUUGAAGCCCAAAAGGCUGCCUUCAACGCGUAUCUCGAAUGGGAAAUGCUUCAGAGCAAGCGCAGCAACGACAGUCCCGAAAUUGGAAUCGACCUAUGCCGCGGACUUUAUGCCCGUGCUCUCACUGGCGCCCUCGCUACCGACCAAAACACCUGGUACGAGUACGUUGUCUUCCUUUCUUCGUCUAAUACCAAUCUCCAGGAGCCAAGCAGCCUCCUCGACGUGCUGCGAAGAGCAGUUCAGCAUUGCCCCUGGUCUGGCCUUCUAUGGAACCGAUACAUCAUGUGCGCUGAAGAGGCCAGGCUUCCUUUUGGCGAGGUCGAAUCCAUCAAACAUGCUGCGACAAGUGAGGAUCAGUUGCUCAAGGAUGGAAUGGAAGGUAUGAUUGAGAUGUACGUGGCGUGGUGCGGUUUCUUGAAACGCAAUGCCAUGGAUGCUGCUGCAUCUGACGAAGCUGUUGAUGUUGCUGAUGUUGGUCUCGGCGCGGCUCUCGAAGACGUGUCAGUCGUCGGGCAACGACUUUACGGCAAAGACUUCCAAGGCGAUCCUAAAUUUCGACUAGAGCGUAUUUAUAUCCAAUACCUCACCGAGAAGAAGGGCAAGGUUGAUGAUGCUAGAAAACAGUGGAACAAGUUGGCCUCCAUGCAAAUCCACGCCGACAACCAUGACUUUUGGUUCCGGUUUUAUAUGUGGGAAAUGCUCAUCUUUUCAUCUGGAGGUGGACAAGACAACAGAAGCCCAACACCUUCAUCCGGCGGUGGCACCUAUCGAAUACCAACCCUGGCGACAGCAGUUCUUGCCCGUGCCGUCGCUCGCAGAACAAUUGACUGGCCCGAGAAGGUGUUGGAGGUCUAUAUGCAGCAUUGUAACGAUUAUGAAAUGCCGCUGCCUUUACGAAAGGCUGCUGAUCGAGUGCACAAGACUGGGAAAGAGGUCAAAAGGCGGAGGGAGCGUGAAGAACAAGAGAAGGCGGCGGCAUACGCUUCCUACUACACCGCUCCUGAACCUGAGGAGCAGGCAGUCCAGUCAUCACCAGGUGGUUCCAAGCGGAAAAGGGAUAUCGAACCGGAUACCACGGAUGGAAGUGAAAGCAACAGCAAACGCCAAAAGAAUGGUUCCAAUGGGGCAGGGUCUGACCAGACUCCUGCAGCACAGCCUCCAAAAAGGGAUAGGGAGCAUGCCACCAUUAUUGUCUCGAAUCUACCUUUCGACGUUACGCAAACCAAGGUCCGGCAAUACUUCAAAGACUACGGUCACAUCAACAAUGUUACGGCAUUGGUGCACGACGAGAAAACCGAUUCCUCAACUGCACUCAUUGAAUUUAGCUCAUUCGAGGAGGCCCAGUCCGCCCUGCUGAAGGAUGGCAAAUAUAUGAACCAGUCGCGGCUGACCGUCAAAUCAGGUCACAAGCUGACUGUGUACGUCACGAAUUACCCUCCUACUGCGGAUCAAAACUCCAUUCGUAAUAUCUUUAGGGGUUGUGGUGAGAUCCUCAGUAUACGUUGGCCAAGCCUGAAGGUCAACACCCACCGACGAUUCUGCUACGUUUCAUUCCGAGACCAAGAGGCAUCCGCGAAGGCUGUUGAGCUGAACGGAAAAGUCCUUGAAGAAGAAAAGAGCUUCAAACUCGUUGUCAAGUAUUCUGACCCAGGACAGAAAAAAGCUCGAGAGGGCGCUCUCGCGGAAGGUCGAGAAAUUCACAUUAGCAAUUUGGAUCGAUCAAUAAGCGAGAUAGAGCUGAAAGACGUUUUUUCCAAAUAUGGCAAUAUCACGCGUGUCAACAUUCCUGCAACACUGGCUGGAAAGAACAAGGGCUUUGCGUUUAUUGACUUUGAAACCAAAGAAGAGGCUGCGAAAGCUGUUGCAGAAAUGAACAAUACCAAAUUCAGAAGCCAAAUUCUCGCAGUUGCUCUUUCUAAAGAGUCCAGGAUCAAGCCAGCAGCCAAGACUAUUGUUACUGACAAUACUAGAGGCUCGCCAGCACCCUCAUCUCAUGAUGUUGAUGGUGACCAAGCUAUGCAGGAUGCGUCCAUCGAGGCUCAGGGCAAACCAAGUGCAGCAGAAAUCUCAGCAAAAACUAUUGCUGUGAUGGGUUUUCCUGAUACUGUCAACGAUGCGCGAAUCCGAGCGCUCGUCGCACCAUUAGGUGCCAUAGUCAAAAUGACUGUGAAAACCGGGAAUGGCGGGGCCGAGAUUGAGUUUGUCGACGCAGCCAUGGCAGGCAAGGCCAGUCUACAACUAAAUAGCAUGGAAUUUGAAGGCCACAAGCUCCGUACAGGCACGCCUGAUGACCUUCGAAAGGCAAAAGCGGAAUACAUCCCCGACCGUAUUAUCACGGGCAGAAAGAACAAGGAUCAUGAGCAAAAGCCAAAUGGUCCUGGAGCCUCAUCCACCAUGUUCAUGCCCCCAGUAACCGCCUUGCGUCGCCCAGUACUGGGGAAGCCUGGUCCACGUCGUGGUCUUGGUUUCAAACCCAGUAGUGCUAAGCCCACACAGAACGGCGAAUCUGACACAUCAGUCAAAAAGAGCAAUGCUGACUUCAAGGCCAUGUUUCUUGCCAGUGGAGGGAGUGAAGAGAAAAAGGAAGACAAAGGAGAGACCGAGAAGACUGAGCCCCUGAUGAUAUCCAAUGGUCUAUGGGAAGUUGAGGGAAAGAUAGAAUGA